AUUGGAACACCAUCACCGUUGUUCCAAAAGAUUGAGGCUUCUACCAUUGCUGAGCUGAAGAAAAGAUUUGCUGGGCAAGGACCAGCUACCUCUGGGAAAACAAAGGGUAAGAAGGCAGGUGAGAAGAUGGCAGGUGUGAAGGGAAGUCCAGAAGACAUAGAGAAGUUACAGGCUGCAGUUGCACAUCAGGGAAACAAAGUGAGGGAGUUGAAAACAAACAAGGCAGAGAAGAACGCGAUAGAUUCAGAAGUGGCCAUUUUACUUGACUUGAAGAAACAGUUGGCAGCUUGCCAAGGUCAGGAGUCUGCUCCACAAUCUGGGGGAGGUAAAAAGAAGGGCGGUGGAAAACAGCAAAAACCAGCUGAAGGGAAGAAGGAGGUGAUUGGAACAGCAGGUCCUGCAAAUUCAGCAGAGGUAGACAGAUUGACAGCUGCAGUUGCAGAACAGGGAAACAAGGUGAGAGAGCUGAAGACAAACAAGGCAGAGAAGGUUGUAGUGGAUGCUGAGGUUGGCAAGUUGCUUGAUCUAAAGAAACAGCUGGCUGUUGCUCAGGGCCAGGAUCCUGAGGCAGCUGCAGGAGGGAAAAAGAAGGGCAAAAAGAAGUAAAACGGGAGGAAGUAGGAACAUAGAGACCCAGUGCAAAAAUAUUAAUCUGUUUUUACUAUAUUAUAUUACAGAACAGCUUCCAUUACAGGUUGUAAACUCUAAAAGUCAGUAAUUGAUAAUUGAUAGAAGUAUAUUUUGAAACUCAGUGCUAUGCUUUAUUGUACUCUUUAUGGUAUCAUUACCUUGUUUUUGAAGAUGCUACAUGCAUGAUAUUGUCCCUAUUUAUUGCACACAUUUCAGUGUAGCCCAAGUGAAUAAAUAGUUUGAAAGGAU